GUCUAACGAUUCAUCGUCAUCAUCUGUAACGAACUUUUAGCCGCAGCAAAGACUAUGGCUUAUUCCACCAAAAAAAAAAGACUAUGGCUUAGCUUUCACCAAAAAUUAAAAAAGAGACUAUAGCUUAGCUGCGAAAAUGGAAAACAAGGCGAUUCUAAGAGAGUGGUUCGAGCGAGUUGACUCAGAGAAAACUGGAAGCCUCAUUGCUUCGCAGCUCAAGGUCCAGCAAGCUUUCUCAGACUUUGAGAGGGGUCGAGGAUUUCUUGGCCUUGAUGAAGUUUAUGAGGCUUUGAUCAAAAUUGGUUUCUCUCUGGCCUUCCCAGCUUUUUGUACAUUGUGUGAGAGCUUUGAUCAAAAGAAGAAUUGAAGAUUUCGGCUGGAUGACUUCAUAUCUCUAUGUAUAUUUCUGCAGUCGGCUAGGAAUCUAUUUAAUUCAUUUGAUACAGCUAAGCAAGGCAGGAUUACGCUUGAUCUGAACCAAUUCGUUUAUUGCACUGCCAAUUGCAGAAUAUAACAUAAAACCAUGUGGAGCAAACGUGGUUAUCUGCUGCCUUGGAUUAACAAUUAAGGACGCAACGAUUGAAACAGGCCCACGCGCCCAGUACAUGCGAAGGCGGUAGAAUUUUACUCUGAUUUCUAGCUCCAAUUUCAGGAAGGCUUUCUAGGGUUUCUAAACGAGAAGUUCUUCAUCUCCUCUCCAUUCAGCUCUCUGUUUGGUCAACGGGAUCAGCAAUUGUCAUUCUGCGAUUUCGAUUUCUAUUUCAAUUUCGCAGGGAAAUGCUUUGAUUUCUGGAAGUUCCGAUUCAAUUAUGCUGUUUCUGUCUGAGAGUGAGGAGCAGAAAUUUGAAGUGGCCGGAGUGUUGUGGCGGAUGAAGAUAGCGGAUUAUCUCUCGUCUAACUCUCCUCCUUUAUGGGCGACUUUGAUAGCUGGUGUCUUUUUAGUCAUUACGCUUUCACUCUCGAUGUAUCUUCUCUUCGAGCACCUCAAUGCAUACAAAAAUCCUGAGGAGCAAAAAUUUUUGAUAGGGGUUAUCGUUAUGGUUCCUUGCUAUGCUGUAGAAUCUGUAAGUUGCUUCAUUCUUGUCUUUGCACUAAGAUUCUCAGUUGUUGAAUAUAUUGCAGUAAUGCAUGUAUGCCAAUGAGAUUUUGAAAACUGCAGCAUCUUGCUUGGAUGCUUAAACUUUUUGAGAAAAAUUAGUAGUUUUGAGAUUAUCAUAUAUGUGUGGUAAGAAAUCUGUAUAUAUUCACUGGCAAUCGGGCAUCUGGCUUGAAAAUGGAAAACUGCAUAUGUUAGCAAAUGGGUAGUUCCUUUAAAUAUGUUCCUUUUCUUUUAGGUCUCAUAAUUUGUAGUUAAAAAUUGGUAUUUUGAGAUGAUGGAUUAUAUCUGGCUCUAUAAAAGCAUAUUCAUGUUAAUCUUGAAACCUGAGAACUUGUUGCUAAAGAUGACACAUAUGGACAUAUGAAAUUGGACCAUUUGAAGUUAAGUAGAUUUUGCUUGAAUUUUCAAUUUUAACAGUUUAGUAAAAUUAGAUGUUCUUGAGGGUGUUGAACAUCAAAAAUCUGUUUUAAAAUUGCUACAAUGAAUCUCGAAUUCAGACUUUGUGUUGCUACCACAUUGAGACCUUCUUGUAGUUGAAUUCCAUUCUAAACUGUUUAAUGAAGUUUUAUUUUUGAGAUUAUGGAAAUGUUGCAGUGAAUAUGUUUAAGAUAUCUAGCAUCAACUGAAAAGAUCAGGUAUAAUUUUAGCAGUCUAUAAUAUGGUUUCUGCACUAUGCUUCUAGCACAUCAGUAUAUUAUUUCUGUUUUCCUAACUUGUAUUAUUCUUAAUAGUUUGUAUCGCUGGUGGAUACUUCAAUUAGUGUUUAUUGUGAGAUACUAAGGGAUUGCUAUGAAUCAUUUGCCAUGUAUUGCUUUGGAAGAUAUCUUGUUGCAUGCUUAGAUUUCCUAUUUGGUUGCCUAAGCCUUUUAUUGUUAGCUUUGUUUACAUGUUUAGAUAGCUUCUGCAGUCUGAUGUUAUUUUCUGUUGUUUAAAGUAGACCUUUGAAUACCUUGCUGCUCAUAUUUUAGAUCUUGAAUCUUUAAAAUCUUCUAAGAUCUAUCUAACAACCAAUGUGUUAAUGUUAAAGUCUAUAAGUUUAUUCUAGGGGCUACUAUCCAUUCCACCCUUGUGGAUUAUGUAAUGAUUUACUGCCAUAAAUAGUUGCUUUUCAC